UCCAGAGGGGCGACAGCAGAACAACUCACUGACAGCGCGUGCAAACACCAAACUCUCUGUGCCUUUUGAAUAUGGGCGCAGUGUGUUUUGGUUGUUCGCCUAGUGUUUAGGCUCAUCUGGGCUGCGGAUGAACAGUUUAAAUACCUCCAUCUAUGAAGGGAUUCGUGCUUGUUGUUCAUGUCUCCUUCUUUUAACUAACUUGGAGCAGUCGGAGCGACACUGACCAUGGCUCCCGUUUGCGCGUUUUAACGCACCGACAGUGGAUGGUGACAGUGCAGCCGCUCAGAGUGCGUCCGCGGCUACCUGGACAAAAGAUUUGGAUUAAGACUAAUGAACUGGGGAUAACAAUCUCCAAGGGACCGUUUACAGGACCGACUUAUUGUCUCGCUGUGGGAUUUGUGUGUGUGCACCUCUAAGACGAUGUCUGUCCGGGGAUACUUGGUCGCUUUUUCCAAAUGCACACUUCUUCUCUCUCUGAGGAUUUUGCUUCUUGUGCCUGCAGGGUUGCCCGUCCGCAGUCAGGGGGAUUCUCAAUCCGAUAACAAAGUGAUGGACAACAUUACCGUCCGACAAGGAGAGACGGUCUUUCUCAGGUGUGCACAGGGGGACGUCGUCACACACACAGCAUGGCUAAACCGGUCGAGUAUACUGUAUGCCGGAGAAGAUAAGUGGUCGGUGGAUCCCAGAGUGAGUCUGGUGACCCUAAAUCAAGAGGAGUUUACCAUCAAGAUCGAGAAUGUGGACAUGACAGACGAGGGGCAGUAUGUGUGCGCAGUCCAGACAAGCAGUCGACCAAGAACCACCUCAGUGCACAUCCUCGUCCAAGUGCCACCAAAAAUCAUCAACCUGUCGAAGGAUAUAGUGGUAAAUGAAGGCUCCAAUAUCACCCUGUUGUGCCAAGCCAGCGGUAAACCGGAACCUUCCAUCAGUUGGAAGUUCAUCUCCUCUUCAGGGGACCUGGCAUCGGACGACGAGUACCUGGAAAUCCCUUCAAUCUCCAGACAGAGAGCAGGGACAUAUGAAUGCACAGCUGUCAACGAUAUUGAUACAGAUGUGCAGACUGUAGACAUCACCGUCAACUACGCUCCAACUGUGUCAGAGGGCAGAGACGUUGGAGUGACUCUAGGCCAAAGAGGAGUGCUGGAGUGUGAGGCUGAUGCGGUGCCCGAGGCAGAUUUUGAGUGGUAUAAAGAUGACAGAAGGAUCUUCAACGGUUUUGAUGGCAUGGAAAUUGUCAAUACUGGAUCACUGUCAAAGCUGACUUUUUUUAAUGUGUCUGACGGAGAUUAUGGUAACUACACCUGUGUUGCCAUAAACAAACUUGGGAGCUCAAACACAAGCUUCCUUCUGUACGUGGUAAUUGAACCCACUAGCUCAACGCUAUUGCAAGGACCGAGAGCAGUCCAGGAUGGCAGCGGCGGUGCAAUGGGAGUGCACUCACACACCUGUCUCCUCUUCAUAGUGUUUCUGCCCUUCCUGCUCAGAUUUUGAAGAGGAAUGGAAUUGAACAGAAGCGUUUUGUGUGUCUGUGUGAGUGUGUGUGCGCGCGUAUGUGUAUUUUUUUUUUUUUCCCAACCGGAACCAUAAACUGAUGCACACUGAGUGCAUGAAAUCUCCUGCAACGUAUUGAUGUUGACCCACUAAAUAAGUACGUAAUAAGUUUCUGUUGGGUUUCUGUUUGUUUUUCUGUUUAGAUUUCAAGGAUGUAACAAAUGUUUCACCUUUUAAUUGAAUUUUAUUGGAUAUUUUUGUCACUAAAUUAUAUUAUUCUGGAUUAGCUCUUUUUAUGUGUACAUCUAAAGGAAAAAAAAGAUUUUCUAAAAAGGGAUUUCUCUUAUUCAAAUGGGUUUGUCUUAAUUUUUAGCCACAUUGCAUAGUCAUGUCAACUCCAAGAAAAGGCACAUUUACAGCAAGUAUGAGAGGUGAAUGUUAAAUACCUCAAAGUCAAACUGAGACAGUGAAGCGGAAGGAAUUUAGGUUACCCCGAGGCUGAAAGCCUGGUAUUAUCAUAUUUUAAUGUAUAAUAAUUAUCAUUCAGUCUGGUUGUUGAAAGCAGAAUUGUUUUUGACCUUCAAGUGUUUUCGUUCUCAGCAUUCUAGUGAUAUACUUGCAGUUGUGUUAUGCUAAUCUUUAUAACUUUAUUUUUUCAAUUAUGUUUAGUUUUAAAUAUUUUUGAGAAGGGAAAAUAUGAAGCUGUAAUUAUCUAGAACAAAUGCCCUAAUUUCCUGUCUUUCUUUUUUUUUGUUUGUUUUUUUCUUAAUUGGUACCAGUUGUAUGCAAAAAUGGUGUCAAGAACAAUUAUGUUAGAGUUAAGUAAUUAGAAAUAGAGGGAACGUUUACUCCAUGUUGAGUGGAGUCAACAUCUGACUUAAAUAAUGCAGAUUUAUUAAUGCUUUUGCUACUUGUUUGAACAUCAUGCCAUUUAUACACAAUACCGUUGUCUGAGAAAAUCUUCUUGUUCAUGUUCCAAACCAGCACAUGAGGGUUAGAGACCAAUCAAUAAGAUCAUGUUAACAGAAAAUAAAUACUUGUUGCAUGUAUUUAGACACAAUUAACCCAAAGACUUUAGCAGUUUGUACAAUUACACAAUUCACAGAAUUUCUGUCUUCUUCUCUCAACACCAAACAAAACACACUUUUUCCAUGGACAUGUGUUUUAACAUAAGUGGGGAUAAUUUUUUUUUGGGGGGGUGGGGAAUCAUCUGAAAUGAUGGAUACCUUUAAACCAAAAUGUACAGUGUGUGAUUCAGACUGUGAGAUGUCCAUCUGAACAUGACUUUUCUUGCUCUUACCGAAACAGGGCUUACUGUACAAUAUGCGAGGAAAAUUGCAAUAACAGAGACUGAUCAGAGGUCUGAGCAAAAAAGGCCACAACUGUUCUUAUCAUUGCCAUAUAGCUUGCAUUAUCAGAAAAAUACAGGAUAUAAGAGAAAACAAGAAAAUUAGAUCUCUCUGUUUUAUUAUGGACAAAGAUCAGUGCAGUCAGAGAGCCACAGGCGUUACAAGAGGCAGCGAACAGGCGACACCUCCGUUCCCGUAUUUUGUUGUGAGCGUGAGGAUUUUAUGCAACAAUCAGUAACCUCUCACAACACAACAGCUAGCAUUUACACGGUUCAUUUAUCUUCAUUCACCUUUCAUGAGUUGAAAAGUAACUUACACCACGUCCCAGGCUACCCUCACACCCUCCCCCUGAGUGGCAACGGCAGAAAUGUGGUGUUUACUGGGCUACUGGCUUUGAAAUGAGGAAGAGACGUCGCGCAUCUCUUGCAAAAUGCUGUUUGUUUUUCUACGCUGCCAGUUUCCGUAAGAGCUGUACUCCGUGUCAUUUUGCAUUUUUUUACAAUUCCAUUAACAUGCCAUCAAACAGGAACAGUGAAUUUAAACUAAUUAGUGUGUGUGUCUGUUUAGUGUCGGGGCAAUGGUGCAGUUCUUAUGAUCUCACAACUCUGACAGAGUGUGUUUUCACAUAUGGUUAUUUUUAGAUUAGCCCCAAAGGAAAAAUAUGUGCAACAGGAGCAACAAUAUCUGCUCUUUUCGUGCCCAACUUUUACUCCCCUAAAUAAAAAUAUUUCAAAAUGAUCAUUUUUUUUCCAUGGCUUACAUUGGCUCUGGUGAGGUCCUAGUCCAUCAAUCACGUACACCUCUGUUUUUCUUUUGAACUCAGCCCCUUUGUGGCUCUCGGGGAUGACAAGGUUUGUCCUCCUUAUUGUGAAAAAAAGAGCCAAUAUCCAAAUCAAAGAGGCAUGAAACAGAUAGGGCCAUUAUUGAAAUUGAUCAGGGUAAUCAUCAGCUGAAUCUGACAGGCUAAUCAUGGUUUGUUUUCACACACGAGACAAAGAGAAAGAGGGAGAUUGCAGGCUAUUAUUCAUCUCCAGCACAGUGAUGUUUGGAAAUGACAUGGUAAUUAUUCCAUCCUGGCUUGAAAGAUGGCACAACUGAUCUCACAUCUAUCCUGCGCAGUCAUUUUGCCACAAGAUUAACCACAUUUAAGAUCAACUCAAGUCAGAUCACCUCCCAGGCAGGUCUGCACUGGGCCCCCUUCAGAAGGGUCCAUGCCAAGCAGCUGCCUUCAGUAUUGGACAAACAAUCACAGCCUUUAAAGUUACAUUAAGGGUUUAAAAGAAUUGCUUGUGUAAUAUUUUCUCGAGGAAUAUCAAACAUAUAACUCACUUCCUCCCUUUAACAUAUAAACACACAGAUCGUCUUUAGGAGAUGUAAGACAGUUUAUUAUGUCCACUAUUUCUGGCGGCACACAUUGUAAAACCUGGUUCAUUUGUUUUAUUUUUAACGAGUCCCCACAUAUGUUACAUCCGCGAAAGGGUGAGGUGAGUGACAAAUGUACAGAAAAAUAAAAACGGGUAAUGAGGCUGGAAAACUGAUCAUGUAACAGCAAAAAAUAUUUAUUCACAAAAACUUUUAAAACCAGAAUCCGACAUGAGGCGAGCUUCUUUAACACGAAGCUGAUCCCGCGAUCACAAAGUCCUUUAAGCGCCACAAUCUUGGCUUCAGCAGAACGCUACAACACCGUCUCAGCGCACUAGCAGCUGAUCUGGCCCGCUGGCAACAAUGAUCUGGGUGGCUCAGCUUUUAACCAUCCCUGUUGAAUUGGAAGGAGCCACAGGUGCAACUGGCCGUUCCCGCAAGGUGUAACCUGAGAAAAAGGGGAGAAAACAGAAAAAAGAGAAGAGCAAAAAAACACAACCUACCCUACCUACUCACAGACACACACCAAGGAACGUAAUAAACAGUUGUUCACCAAUUUUCCCACUUAUUUAUUGGCACAGCAAUUAUCACCUCUGAGUAGUAUUUAUCUCUGGUUGAGCAUUUGUUUGUUCACGGAAGGGAAUUCACACAGCAGUACUGUUUCUCCAGCACUCCAUCGGUUUGUGAAAGGUCAGUGCAGACAGUUGGAUGUUUUUAGAUGUGCUUUGUCCUCAAUAAUUCUGAUAUUGGGUUUUUGGAUUGUGUUCAGGACAUAUCGAAUGCAGCGCGGUAUAAUUUGUCCAGUCAAGCACACUAUCGCUGAGAACAAACCCAUUUAAGUGCUGAGUUCUGUACAAACCAGCAGGGCUACUCUCAAAACAUAACAUUCAUCUGUUUUGUUUUGUUUUUAAAAAAUGCUUAACCUGAAUAUGUGAGGUGGUUCUAAAGCUGACAUCGCCUAAUAAUCCACCUGUUCAUAUCAUUGCGAUAUGGUCACUGUGACAGUGAUUCAGAGUUGAUGCUGCGCUGAGUACGACUGACUUCAAACCACAACUGUGAACCUAUUAUCAGUUUAAGAACCACACCAAUUGGCAAUAUCAAACAACAGCAGUCUAUGAGGUCUGUUGUUAUAAAAAAAUGUUAAACUGUGGAACACUGAGCUAAAGUAACUGCACAGAAGGGAGUGAGGAGUCUGAUCUGUGAUCUUAGAAUGACGUGUUCUGCCUUUUCAGUGGAGAUGGAAAACAGUCGGUGCCGGACAGAUCACAGUUGGAAAUUCCGCUAGAUCACAUUUCCUAAACUUUUGGCCUUGGUCUGUACCGUGUAUAGCGGAAAGAAAGACAUAAUCUUCAUUCUCUUGUUCUCAAAUCCCUGCUGUUCCAAAUGUGUAAAAAGAGAAGCGUGUAGAGAAAGCUGCCUCUUUAAAGGCUUAAUUUGGAUUGCUUUCUGACCUGAGGCCUUUUGUAUUACUUAGCGCCAGUGUUCUUGAUGCAUUAUAGGCACUGGUAGCCUCAAGGUUAGACAAGCUGGCUUGCUGAGUUAAAUAAACACAAUCACAUUACAUUUAGUGAGACAGUGUAAUGUUUUGUGUUGCACAACAGAGCUAUUUACUAUGUUAUGGCUCAUUUCGUUGAGAAAACUCCAGUAAGCUCUCAGCUGGUCCUCAUAUUGUCCUGUUGUUAGCCGGACUCAUCCUCAAAUGGACAACUUAAGGGGCUGUACAGUCAUGAACAAAAGUUUAGAUGCACUUGUAAAGACUAUACAUAUCAUGGCAGUGUUAAAUUUCCAGUGACUUCUACAGCUAUUAAUUUUGCCUUAUUGGAACAUCCAACUCCCUUCAAGACUCAACCUUCAGGAUCAUGAUUGUUUUUUUCUGAAGAAUGUGGUAAUCCUCCUUCUUCAUUCCAUUUGCUAUGCACAUUACCCUGCUUGUAACUAUGUAUGGUGAUGAUGCUCUUCGGGUUGAACUUCAGUCGAGUCCUUUUUUUGACCGCCACAUUGUAGUGUUUAUGUCUGAGCCUGGUGAAUGCAUCGAGUUGACCUUAUUUGAACUGGCUCAGAUGGGUCAACAGCUGUAGUCAAUUGUAAUUACUCACAAAAAAUUAAGAAGCUGUCCUACGAAAAUAAUUUUUACAACCUUGCCUACAGCAAGGAAAAGAACCAAAAUGCAUGAUUGUUUUUGUUUAGUUACUCUGCCAAGGAAUGCAACAGACUUUUGUGACAAUCAGCAUGUCUCUCUGUUAAUCUGUGAAUCUGUCUGUGCACAACAAUACUGAAUAAUGGACUCAAGGAUUUGGAUGAAAUUUUCAGGGAAGGUCAGAAAUUACAAAAAGACCAUCUGAUUAGAUUUUGGCAGUGAUGUAGCUUCCAGUCUAGAUCCACAGAUUUGUUUAAGAUUACUGUAUCAUUGUGAGAUAGCAGCACAUCGUCACUGUAACUACGACAACAAGUGAACGUCAGCAGCCACCUGACGAUCACAUUAUUGCGAUCCUGCUACAAAUCGACCACUGCAGACUUACCAGGACUUAUCCAUUGGAAAUCAUACAAUGACUGAGCAGCCUUGGUGGAGUGCUGUGCUCUCUGAGUGCUUUUCUUGUUUUAAUUUUUUUUUUUUUUGUGACAAAUACACAUAGGUUUUAAUCAUUCUGACAGAAAAUUAAAAGUUGUGUGAAUCAUUGAAAACACAAGUCUGCCAUGAUAUACAUUGUCUUUACAAGUAUAUGCAAACUUUUGAAGUCUUACACAGUAUGAUGACUUCAGCUCUUUGUUAAAUACAGGAACAUUGUGUUUAUGAAACCUGUCAAUUGAAAGUUGAAAUGGAUUAUUUCUUUCCGUGCCGUACGCUUCCAGCAGCUGCAUAUAACAUGCAUCACGGUCUGACAAACUGAACCCAGCAGGCGCUGACAUACCUAUUUCAAUGGGAAAGAAACCAGUUUCAUAAUUGGAAAUAAUUCAUCAUCUCGUAUACAAACAGUCAUACUGCAGUUUCCUUUUGUGUGGCAUUAAAAAGAAGUCAACCUCUCUACUGUCUUGUUAGAGCCAAUACAAAUGCUUUCAACUCCCACCAAGCAUGACUUUUAAAAAGGAUAUGCAAGUCCUAUUCAAGCAAAACUUAUAAUGAUAAAAAUCUAGCAAACUGGAGAGAGGAUCUUGGAAAUACACUGGCAAAAUAUUUCUGAUCCUCCUCCAAAGUUCAUCUAUGAAACCGCAGUGAGAAGGCAUGGAUACACAUAACUUUUCCUGUUUUUGUCUGACUUCAUUCAGUCAGCUCUGAAUCACAGCCCGUGAAGGCUUUUAUGAUGGCAGUAGCAUUGCAUAUUUAUGCUGAUAUGACCAAUUUCAUUGUCUGUUUGAGUAACACACAGGGAUUGAAGGACUCGUUCUCUGUCUCAGCCAAAACAAACAUGGGCCCAGUUGGAAGAUGGGCUGAGUGGGGGAAAAAGGCUAUGGGUAUAUUUCUUUUAUUUGUCUCCAUAUGUGUAAGGCAGGAAAGCAGUCUUUGAAGAAAUUUGGAUACCAUUUUAAAUGACUGAGCUUGUAUUGCACCUAUCAGAUGGUACUAUUAAUUUUAGGUGUUUGUGACAUUUGUGUAAUUUGCAUCAGAGUCUAGAAGACAUCACUUUUGGAUGUGAACUUUGGUUAGACAGGAGAAAUCAAACCUUUGUCCCCGCUGUCAGGCAAUUAUCUUAGCAGACGCAUGUCUUAGACUCACAAUCUGAUUUGUUUUGGACGACUUACACUGCUAAAAUUCUGCCCUUGGCCUCGCUAAAAGUUCCCAGGGCUCUUCUUUAGAUCAGAUUGUUCCCAAAGUGGACACUAUGUUAUUUGAUUCUCUGCAUUGUAAAGGAUUGUUGGUUCAUAUGUAUUUUCUCGAUGAAAAGUGUGUGCUCAUAUUUAAGACUGACAAUAAUAAAAUGUUGUAUCUUAA